AUGUCCAAAUCUAUCAUUAAUAUUAUCGCACCCAAAUCAUCCCGUGCAAAGCAUGUUGGAUACGUCCUGCCGAAUGGCGUCAGGUGCAUUAUUAUUCAGGACCAAAGCGCCAAAAUGCCGGUCGCCGCGAUGUGCAUCCACGCCGGACAGCUUAACGACCCAGAGUGCAUGCCAGGCCUUGCGCACUUUUGUGAGCACAUGCUGUUUAUGGGCACUAAAAAGUUCGCCAAAGAGGACGAGUAUGAAUUGUAUAUUUCAAGGCAUAACGGCUUCUACAACGCCUUCACGGCAGACUCCGAUACCGUCUACUAUUAUCAAGUGAGCGAGGAAGGCUUUGCGGGCUCGCUCGACCGGUUUCUGGAAUUUUUUGUCGCCCCCAGCUUCAACGCCGGUGCGGUGGAGCGCGAAGUUCAGGCGGUGCACAGCGAAGAUGAAAAGAACCACAACGUGGAUGAAUGGCGCGUGGACGAGUUAAUCCGCAGCCUCCUCAACCCCAAGCACCCACGCUAUCGAUACGGAAAUGGCAACCUCACGACAUUGGUGGAGGAGCCGAAGCAAAAGAACCUUGAUCUUCGAGACGAGCUCUUACAAUUUUACGCCCGGUACUAUCAUUCCGGGGCGUCCUGUCUCGUGGUGUACAGCGCGCACCCCCACGAGGACGUCCUAAAACUGAUCGAGCCCCCGCUAAUGCGGAUGCGGGCAGGCGGCCCGGCCUCGUUUCAUUUUAUCGCGGAGGGCGAUUCCCUCGUGGAAAAGUCCCUGAUGCCCUCGUGGGUGAACCUUCGCACGCUCAAGAAAUCGCGUCUGCUGUCGAUUACGUGGCCCGUCCGCUCGGCCGUUUCGCUCUGGCGGUCGGUGCCCUCGUCUUAUAUCGCCUACAUCAUGGGCCACGAGUGCGAUAGCUCCACCUUCGGGGUGUUGAAAUCGCGCGGUUUGAUCACCGGCAUGGUCGCCGGGGCGAGAAGGGUGGACGACGACUUUGAAUACUUCUUUGUCCAGGUCACCCUCACGGUAAAAGGGUUUGGCCAUCUACACGAGAUCAUGCGGCUGAUCUACCAUUCGAUCGGGCAGGCGAUUCAGGGGGGCAUUCAUAAAGAUGUCUUCGAGCAAAUGAAGAGCGAGGAAGCCUUGCAGUUCGAGUCAUGCGAGAUAAACAGCCCCACGUCGCAUUGCAUCAACCUGGCGAUGUCGGGGAUGAUGUGUGAUGUGAAGCACGCCUGGAUCGGAUCUCAAGUGGUCCUGGAGGACAACUAUGAGGCGUGCCUGGACUAUGCCAAACAAUUGACCCCCCAAAAUGGCAUGGUGAUGCUCAAGUGGUCCGAAUUUCCUGUUUCGGAUCAAAUCAAGGCGGCGAAAACGGACCCCGCCGUCGUCGCCUCUGCCGAGGAGGAAGAGGAGGCGCUUGCCCAACCCGAGGGGGAGGGGGCCACCUCCGCGGAUGCGCUCUUUCGACGUCUCCCGGGCUUUGCGCAGAACUGUGUGGACAAACUGACCCGAUUUCACAAGGCGGCGUACGCCCAGAUGUCGAUCCCGGCCGCCGAUAUCGACGCCUGGGCCCGGGCCCUCCACCCGCCCUACCCCCGCGAGCUCCAAUUACCCACCUCGAACCCAUAUUUAACCACCGAUUUCACCGUGUUCGCCCCGGCGGGCGACGCGGCGUCGAAGGCGGUCUCCUACACGCCCCCGAACGGGACGAUUGUCGUGCGAAAGGAUCAUGGCCACCACCACACCUUCACGUGCGCGAUUCGAUUGGGGAUUCUUUCCCCGGUCUCGUACCGGUCCCCUCUCUACCGGAUGUACGGGCAGAUCGCGUGCGCGAUCCUAAAAGACGCGCUGGCCGAGCUGAGCUACUACGGCGAGUUGGCAUCCCUGUCGAAUGACCUGGUCCCGGCCCCUGGGGGGGUGGGCAUCACCAUUUGUGGGCCCUACCAGCAUCUGAUGCGUUUCUUUCAUGAUAUUUUGGUCAAACUAUUCGACGCCGAGGCGCUGACGGGCACCAGGGAGAAAUACAGCGACUACGCCGAAAAAUAUUUGCGAAAACUUGAGAGCAAAAAGACAUCGCAGCCAUAUGAGCUAUGCAUGGAAAAACUCUCGAAGGUAUCGUAUUCCUUGUUAUUUACGUUUGAGGAUAUUCUGGAGGUGGCGUCGUCCGCCUCGUAUGAGGGUUACAAGGACUUUCUAACGCAGUAUCUUGGCUCCGGAUUUCGCUAUGAAUGCUUUAUUGCGGGAAAUGUCCCGAGCGCGGACGAAAUUCAACGCGUGGUGGCGACUGAAAUUGAGGAAACGCUUUCCCGCUUGGCGUCUUCCGUGCUGGCUCCCGACUCGAUUCCACGCUUCCGUGAUUCGCUGGACUUCACUUGCGAUGCGGCGAGUCCACCCUUGGAUGUUCUAACCGCCCUGGAUGUGAUGGCCUACCCCCCGUUUACUUCCUCCAAUCCCAAUGUGGUCGUCACCCUUGAUAUCUGCACGGGGGUCGCCACGGCACGGAACAAGGUUCUCACCAAAAUGGCGGCGAAACUACUUUAUCCCCGCUUCUUCGAUGCGCUACGAACGAAGGAAAUUCUCGGAUAUGUGGUUUUCUGCAGGGAUGUCAUCACGAACGAGAGUGCGCAUUUGAUUUUUUCGGUUCAAAGCGCGCUUGAGGAUGUGGAUUCGGUCUACCUCCUGUCGCGUAUCACUGCCUUUUUGUCCUCGGUCGCGCACGAUCUGGAGCUUAUUUGCGGUGAGAACGACGUGAAGGAUCUGUCGACGGGCCUGAUUCAGUCGCUCGAAAAGCUGCCCGACUCCGUCUAUUGCGAUGCGGAAUCGUUAGAAAACGAUUACAAGAGCACCAGCGGGCUGACCAACCGAGCCGAGCAGAUCGCGUCGGUGCGAUCCAUUUCGGCCGACGAGUUAAAGGGGUUUUUCCGUUCCUACAUCUUGAACAGCCGAACUCGCGUUCGGGGGAUUGUCGCGGUCGUUGAUAGCGCGCGCUGCGCCGCGUCGAACCCCUUCACGGCGAAAGGUGCGGGGGGUCAAACGUUCACCGUGAAACUCCCACCCAAGCGCGCGGGGAACGCCGAGGCGGCUUCGGAAGAGCCGAGCGAGGGUGACCUGAAGCUUCCCACUUUUGAGGAGGCCACCGCGCAGAUUGAGGUCCGAUGCAUCGAUGAUAUCGUGUCUUAUAAGCAAGGCCGGCCGGUUUUACGGAGCCACACGUUUUAA